CAAGACUCGGAUCACGUUUUAGGCGCUGACUAAAUCGGAAAAUUUACUUCGAAUUUUCAUAACCUCCCACUCACUCAUAUCCGUGUUAACCGCCGUGUCAAGAGUAUGGAGUACGAAAUCAAGCCUAAACCACUAUUCCUAUCCCUUGCCGAAGAACUCCGGAUCUAUAUUCUAAGCUUUCUUUCUUGCAGAGAUAUCCUCCGUUGCACAUCCGUAUGCAAGGCCCUUCGACAGACAUACAUAUCGUCUUCCGAACUCCAGUACACCGUCGAACUCAGCGGUCAAUGCUUACUCCCUGUCUCCACGAACGAUCACACCCCUAUUUCUGAGCGCCUAUGGCGCUUGAGGGAUAAAGCUCACGCAUGGUUCAAGUUUAAUGCUUAUGCUUUCCGAACGGUCACCCCACCAGUCUUGUAUCCUGAGAGGCUAAAACACAUCACCGGUGAACAUCUCUACUCGUGGGACCACCAAAACAACUUGGUCACCGUCAGCACAAUGCCAUCCAAACUCUCACAACGAACGAUCAAGCACAACUGGUCACCAAGAACGUUGUGUCCAUUUCCUUUGCAAGUGAAGCAGAAUACAUUGAUGGAUCCAGCACAAAAUCUGUUCGCCAUCAUGCAUGUUAUCAACGGGGUAACCUACAUUUAUCUAGCAACUCUGGAUGGUCGUGUUCACCCUCACGCUGCUGAACCGGCGCUGGUUCUAGAGUCGCCCGUAUAUGAAUGGCAGGCGAAGCUCAAGUGUUAUGGGAGGCAUAUCGCUGUGUGGCACGACUCUUGCAUUGAUGCUUUGAGGUCUUUGACGACGUGGCAGCUGCACAUUUGGGACUGGCAGCAGUCGACAACAUCCAGCAGUGUCCUCAGCAGCGGAGUACAAGGUCCAGGUUGCAUCCCCGCCAGCUUUUGUUUUCUCGGAAACGACAGGUUGCUCGUCGUCGGCGAAGAUUUGAAGCUGUAUUCGAUCGAGGAUAUGUCCAGGACGCCACAAUUGCUGGCGUGUUUCCUGUUGCCUUUCCCGUUGGUGGACUUGGAGCACUUCUUUCAGGGUGAGCAUAGCUCACAUCCGCGGACGCAAGCCCAGUUGGUGUACACCCCAGACCCUGAACAUAGACUGCUAUGCCUCACCUCGUCAAAAUUUGAUGACGAACCAACAAUCUUCUUCAUCUCCACAAAGAUCUUCUUCGACAUCGACCAAGCGGAGGCACCAACGCCAUUACCAUGGGAUCAUUGGGGCCCUAGACAUGUUCGCGUUUUCAAGUAUAAAGACCGAUCCGAAUUCACAGUUCACGUCAGCGGCAAUCGAGUUUUGCUGGUGAACGAGAUAAUGCCAAUGACAAAGGAAUAUGAGUUGCGUAUGAUGGACUUUAGCCCGCUGGCCGUGACGAAUAGGCGAGGUUUAGGACGAGUGGUGGAAGAGCGAUCUACCGUGUCGGUGGUCCAUGGUGGUUCCAGUGAUGGGUCGCAUGGAUACAGUAGCAAUUGGUGCUCGACGAUUGAAACGUCUUUGCCUUACGUUGAGGUUGUAUCGGAUAGGAAGAUUGUUGGUGGGUGGUUGCAGAAUGUAUGGAUGGAUGAUGAUAGGGUAUAUUUGCUGCUUGCGUUCGGGGCUGUGAACGGACCAUAUAUAGGGCCGUUUGAACCUAAUAAGCUCGAGGUUAUUGAUAUUUAGGGCUUGGUGUAGCACGAGCGGAAACCCACGAUCAUUUAUUUUCACUAGCGGCAUGACGUUCGUAAUGGCAGCUGAUUAUCACGCUUAACUUGAAGCUGCUUAAACCCUUUGGGCCACAGCUGCUGCCUUUCUUUCAUCUCCAUUUACACCUCCUCGUUUAUUUUUGACUUGAAACAGUACACACCGGUAGCACUGUUUGGCGUGGCUGUCCAACAACGCUGGCACCUAGGAGAGGAGUUUCUCGUAACCUGACAGCUUCUAGCUGUGCCACAGGAGGUCCUCGGGCCUCUAUAUCAACCCUGAACUCCUCCGAGUCUUGUCGUCCUUUUCAACUAUUAGCCCGACAUCGUCGUUGGACUCGUCAAAACUCAUCUCACUACCACCACCGUAACUCAAUAUGGCACCGGCCGUGCCCAAGAAAGCCCAAAAACUUGGGCGCGCCCUCAAAUCCGCAGCCCGCUUCCCGGGCCGUGGUAGCGGCCGAAACCACUUCUCUC